CCGUGUGUUUAGUUACACUUUUUUCUGGGAAGAAGAACUUGACGACAACAACCCCACAUUGAGUACAAUUUUAUUUACUAUGUCUGAAGAGGAAGCAGAUGAUGAAGGAGACACACAUAUUGUUUAAAUAAAAAGUAUGAUAAUUUGUUUUUUAUAUACAUUUGUUAUGGGUUGUGCUGUUGGAAAAGAAAUAGCUGAUGGAAAUAAAAUUGAUGAUAAUUUGCCUCAACUUGAAGCAGGCACCCUUGUGAAAAAGUCAAAGCCAAACUUCGAGGAUUUUACUGUGCUGAAGCCAGAACCUGUUUUAAAAACUCCAAAAUAUAGAACUAAAAUUGACUCAAGAGUAACUUCAAAAUAUGAUGUAAAAGCUCUUAUAGGAAAAGGUUCUUUUAGUGAUGUGCUUAGGGUUGAGUGUAAAACUUCGAAGCAGCCUUAUGCCAUAAAAGUUGUGAAAGUUCAUACGUUACAAGAACAAGAAGUUGUUAAGUCAGAACUUCAUGUGUUAAAACAUAUUGACCAUCAGUUUGUUAUUAAAUUAUAUGAAGUUAUAAUAUCGAAAGAGUGUUCCUAUAUGGUCAUGGAAUUAGCAACUGGAGGUGAACUUUACGAUAGGAUAAAAAGUAGGGGCCACCUCGAAGAAAAAUAUGCUUGUAAUAUAACGCAAAUGGUUUUAUCUGGUAUUACUUAUUUACAUUCAGAAGGUAUUACACACAGAGACUUGAAACCAGAAAAUUUGUUAUUUUAUCACCCGGGAAAUGAUUCUAAAAUAUUAAUUACAGACUUUGGAUUUGCUAAAAUUCUUUCAGAUGAAAAAGAAACCCUUAAAACUUGGUGUGGUACGCCAGAAUAUAUAGCUCCUGAGCUUCUAAAAAAGGAACCAUAUGGAAAAAUCGUAGAUUUAUGGGCGCUUGGUGUUAUUGUUUAUGUUAUGUUGAGUGGCCAUUUACCAUUUAGUGCUGACACAGCACCAAAAUUAUUUAAACAAAUUAUGGAUGGUGUUUAUGGAUAUCAACGUGAGGUAUGGUUGAGUGUGUCUGAACAAGCUAAAGACUUCAUCGAUAAACUCCUUCAUGUCGAUCCAGAUUUUCGUAUGAAUGCCAACUCGGCAUCGUCCCAUCCUUGGAUGUCUUCUUAUCCUCCUUUGCAUAAACUGAAAAAUGUUCAGAGAAAUAAAAAACGGCUGAAAGCAAAAAUAUCAGACCUAACCACGAAGGAAGGUUUUAUUCCAUUGACUAAUCGUAAGCGCUUUUCUGUUGAGUAUGACAAAACGAAUGGCGAUCAUUAUGACUCCAAUAAAUUGGAGAAGAAACCUUUUGCAGAAAACGCAAGAGUAGCACAAAACGGCUUAAUACUUCCUUUUACGAGCGAUUUUUCGCAUGACGUCAUAUCAAAGGACAAGAUACUAGAAGAUAACGGAAGCACGAUGUCUCCUAGCAACAUCGAUUCGCUGCUCGCUACCGAAGAUACGAACUCAGUGGCGAGUAAUUUAGAAAUGUUUCAACAAUUUUACCAGAAAUACGCAGCGACUGACGAUCCAGUGAUCAGGGAGCAGAUGAAACAUGAAUAUAUGCAAACACUGCAUCAGAGUAACUUGAGAUUGCCUGUUCAAGUUGGCAAUCAAACCCCUAUAAAUAAUAAUGGCUUUACAUUUCCUAACAGAGGUUCGGUAAAAGACCGCAAACGUUCAGUGCACAUGCAGUUCGAAAAUAUCGACGAAGACCCGGAUAACGAGUCUUUGUCAACGAACACGAAAAUGGAUUUAUCAAAGUUAGAUCGCAUUCACGCGAGCGGGGGUUCGCUCGUGUCGUCGCCUUCUUUUAAAUCAGAGCAUAUACCAAUCGAAACGAAUUUACGCUCUGGUUACAUAGAGAAAGUUGGCGUGUGGCUGACGGAUCAAGAAGGGAGAGAUAAGAAGGGAAUGCGGGAUAAAUAUAGUGCUGCCGACCAGUUUUUCACGGACGGUCGCACUAUGUCGGCCAAAAGUAAUUUGACCGUUAGUGAUCAUUCACAAGCCAGUUCGUUUAAUAGAUUCCUGCUACCCAACUCAUCAGCAACACAAAAGUCACGACUGGAUAUGUCACAGAACAUUUCGUUUCGUCAAAACGCCAGUUUGGCUUCGAAUCCAACGACAGAGGAGAUCACAUUUACAAAUUCUUUCACAUCAUCCACAGCGUUCCAACCGCUCAUAUUAGAGAAUGUUGGCCACGCUAGUUUUGCUUGAUCUCUCACGCGGAUAUGUUGGCUCGUCCUGCGCAUAGUCUUUUACAGUUCAAUUUUAAGACAUUGGUUUUUAAUACAACAGCCUUAUUGGUCUAACCCAAAAUUUUGGCGCAUGCGCCUUUUGGCAAGGUUGAACAAAAUGAACCCAACAAUGGUUUGCGAUGGUUGGCUGCUCACAUGUUACUUUUCUUAAUUAAUAGAAGAUAAAAACAUGUUUUUAUUAUUUUGCUGCGCAAAUCACUUUUUCAAAUUGAUACCAUGCGCCUUUCAAUACGAGGCUUCAAUUUUAUAAAGUCCCAUAUAUUGUUUAGAAUAUUAAUUUGAGCUUGUUGAUUUCUUUAGCAAAAAACAGACAGAUUCAAAUUUUUUUAUCACUUUCAAUUUUCUCGUACAUGAGGUGCAUACACACUGUUUUAUGUUUUUUGUUGUUUUUUAUUGUUUUAAGGUCUUGCCGAACAUGUAUAUUUAAAAGAUUUAUUUUCAUUUAUUGCAUACAUGUAAAUUAUAACAUAUCGCAACCUAGUACCAAGCGGCCUUUAUAUUUUUGGUGCAAGUCGAUGAAAUCCUGUAAAGCGCCCGGAAACUACAUGUUUUUUUUUGAUAAGCAAUUGAAAUUCCAAAAUGAGGAGUUAUUGUUGUCAAGAAAAACUGCUCACGAAACAAAAAAAAAACAUUUUGUUAGCUUCACAUAAUGCUUAGCAUAUGCUUAAAAAAUGACCAAAUUUAAGCCCACGAUGCUUGUGAAUGUUAUGCCUACAAAAGAACACAUGUAGAUUGAAAACAAUCCAUGUCCAGCAACUUUUUUUUAAAUUUUUUUUUUUCAAUCUUUUUACCAGCCCAAGUUUUGGAAUGUAGAUACAGUUUAAAUUUUUUUAGUGGGAUUGAAGUUUUUUCAUUUUUCUAAGAGUUAUUUUUUAAUAUACUUUUUCUGUUAUUCUCCUAGAACCCGUGUUUGAGAAAUAUUUUCUCACCUUCUUUGACAUUCGUUUAAGGCUUGGGCAAAGCAUGCAACAUUUCGUCCAACAUAAAUUUCAGAAGUUGUUGGAUGCAUAGAUUUGACACAUAGUUUUUGAAAGACGAAAAAGAAGAAAAAAAUCGUGUUGGAUGAAGUUUGACAUGAGUCAAACUUUUUAUCAACAUUUUUCUCCCACAUCCACCACAGUGUAUAUGUUGGAUGCAUUUGAGGUAAAUUUCAUCCAACUCAUUUUCUCAGUGUGAUGCGUAACUACUCGAAUACUAUUUUCAAAAGUUUUUUUUUUGACAAUGAAUUGUGUUUUUUAUGGAAUGUUUUAUAAACAAAUCUCCAAUAGUAGGAAGAACAUGUGGAAAGGAAAAAUAAGUCAGCAUGACAGCCAUAUCAAGUGAUUUAGAAGACCAAGAGAAAAACGCAGGAAAAAAAAUGCUGAAAAGUGUAAAAUGGCUGAAAACACUGACAAUGACAAAAGUAAAAAAAAAAACAAGAAAAGGUCAGCUUUUAUUGGUCUAGUUCUACCUCCCCCCCCCCCCCCCCUGUAACAUUUCUCGGAACCUUUGUCUGUCUUCGAUCGAAGUUCUUGGAUGAUAUUCGUAAUAUACCCCCUUUCUUUUCUUUUCUUCACUUAGUUUUUUGUUUUUCCCAAAAAGGUUUCAUCAUUCGACUAAAAUGAUGCAAUGUCCUUGAAUGUGAAUUGUCAAAUAAAUGAAACAGUAUGUUGGAUGAAACAACUCAAAUGCAAAAUUCAAAUUUUUCAGCAUUGUAAAUGUCCUCCAAUAUUCAUCAACAUUCUCAUCAAAAUGUUGGACGCAUUUGCACCCGCCUUGAGAAUAAAUAAUUGAAGGUAGUUUUCAGAGUAAACGUUUAAGGGUGUUUUUUUUUCAUGUAUAUAUAUUUGUUUAUGUAAUGCAUAUUUGUGUGGAUAUUAUUUUGUCCAACUAUUUUCUACCAUUCUUUAUUUGUUCUUAUUUGUGGUUGUAUAUAGCGAGGAAUUGUAAAUGACGCAGUAUUUUUCAGUUUAUAAGAAUUCUUUUUUGGAUUAAAAUAUUAAGUAAAUAAA